GGGGUGUGUUGCUGGGUUACCUGAGGCGGAAGGGGCUCAACCCGGCCCGGUCGGAAACAAAGAGGGUGGCGGCGCAGGGGCCCUGCUAUGGCGGUGCGGCUCCAUGUCUGGUUGCUCCUGUAUUUUCUGCCGCAGGUGUACUGUGAGUAUGGGAUGGUACAUGUCCUUUCAGAGAAGGGAAGCAUCAAAGGAAGAGAUUACUGUAUCCUCUUCAACUCUCAGUGGGCCCAUUUGCCACAUGAUCUGGGUAAAGCUUCACUCUUGCACCUACAGGAUCAGACAGGAUCUGUUUUGUGUUCCCCUUCUGAUGUACCUGAUGGGGGAUUUAAUAAUCAAAUCCCCAUGGUGAUGCGUGGGAAUUGCACCUUCUAUGAGAAAGUGAGGCUUGCUCAGAUAAAUGGAGCUCGUGGGCUGCUGAUUGUUAGUAGAGAGAGACUGGUUCCCCCUGGGGGCAACAGGAGUCAGUAUGAAGAGAUUGAUAUUCCUGUGGCUCUGCUCAGCUAUGCUGAUAUGUUAGAUAUUGGCAAGAGUUUCGGCAGCUCAGUGAAAGGGGCAAUGUAUGCACCAAAUGAGCCUGUGCUAGACUAUAACAUGGUGAUUAUAUUUGUCAUGGCUGUGGGGACUGUUGCAAUUGGAGGCUACUGGGCAGGAAGCAGAGAUGUGAAAAAGCGGUACAUGAAGCAUAAACGUGAUGAUGGGGCAGAGAAACAUGAUGAUGAAACGGUUGAUGUGACUCCAGUAAUGAUCUGUGUAUUUGUAGUGAUGUGCUGCUCAAUGCUGGUCCUCCUUUAUUUCUUCUAUGACCACUUAGUCUAUAUUAUCAUAGGAAUAUUCUGCCUGGCUGCUUCAAUUGGUCUUUACAGUUGUCUGUCUCCCUUUGUAAGAAGAUUCCCCCUGGGAAAGUGUAGAAUCCCAGCCAACAACUUGCCUUAUUUUCACAAGCGUCCACAGGUCCGGAUGUUGCUAUUGGCAGUAUUUUGUAUCUCUGUCAGCACAGUCUGGGGAAUCUUCAGAAAUGAAGAUCAGUGGGCCUGGGUUCUGCAAGAUGCUUUAGGAAUCGCUUUCUGUCUUUACAUGUUGAAAACAAUUCGCCUGCCUACAUUUAAGGGUUGUACCUUGCUGCUCCUUGUUCUUUUUGUGUAUGAUGUAUUCUUUGUAUUUAUCACACCUUUUCUAACAAAGACCGGGGAGAGUAUAAUGGUGGAGGUGGCUGCAGGCCCAUCUGAUUCUGCCACUCAUGAAAAGCUCCCAAUGGUCCUGAAGGUUCCACGACUGAACUCCUCACCAUUGGCUCUGUGUGACAGGCCUUUUUCUCUCCUAGGAUUUGGAGACAUUCUAGUUCCAGGCUUACUGGUAGCUUAUUGCCAUAGAUUUGAUAUUCAGGUGCAGUCAUCCAGAGUCUAUUUUGUAGCCUGCACAAUAGCAUAUGGCAUAGGCCUUCUUGUGACCUUUGUUGCCUUGGCACUGAUGCAGAUGGGCCAGCCCGCUCUCCUCUACUUGGUGCCCUGUACUCUUCUCACAAGCUUUGGUGUGGCUCUUUGGAGAAAGGAGUUUGCAAUGUUCUGGACAGGCAGCGGCUUUGCGAAAGACCUACCUCAGCCUCCCUUGGUCAUAGCUCCUGUCAACUGUUCUGAGCUUCCCAAAGAUAGCAAUGUACCAGCCUCUCAGCAAGACACAGAGCAAAUGACCAAUCCGACCCUCCAUGUGAAGGAGCUGCAUGGCCCCACCUCAGCUGCAGAGGAGCUGGCUGAUACUGACACAAAAAUGGACCAGUCAGAAAUUUCUGUUGCACAGAGUGAGGAACCAGCUGGUCAGAAUAAGGACAACCUUGAAAACAAAUGCCUAAAUGCAGAGCAAAAACAGCUGGAAUAAACAAUGUGAUAAGAACUCCUUAUUUUCCCUCACAAACUUAUCCAUAUAAAACCAGUAUGUAUUUAGGACUGGUUUAGUAGUGUUUGCGUUUAUUGAGGAACGUCGCUGGGACUCUGAUCAUCAAAUCCAACAAGGAAUGUUCUGCCUCCAGCUUCAGUACAGCUAUACACUUAAAACAUCUUUCUGAAAUAUGGUGCUCUACAAGGGUUCUGAUGUAUGGAUUUCAAUGAUCAUUUUAUUAGGGAAUGCCUUUGAGUGUUCCAUUUUCACUAUGUAUUAAGUGUCUUUACUUACACAGUACUCUGUGCUUGUGUGGUUAUUUUGCUGCUUUAGCAUAGUGUAAGUUAACAUGGAGGAAAAGCAUUGAACAAGUCUGCUACAAUGCUUAGUUGAGAAAAACUUGGUAGUUUUCUUAGCACUUUCCCUAUCGUCAUCUUUUACUUUACUUUUCCCUACUUGUCAAAGCCAUUGAUACAAGGAUAUGCUUUAGUAUAAACUGACAUUCAGGAAAUGCAGAGAAUGGUUAAAUUACCAGCCUCUGAAAGGAUUUAUAGUACAGUGGUGCAUUAAAUGCAUCUCUUAACCUUUUUUGUCUUUGUUUUUAAUUCCAGGUGCCUGGGUUGGCUACUAGUGUAGUUUAAAAGGUGGGAUGAAUGGAGCUACAGGAAGCUUUCUAAGCACUCAUAUGAACUCUAGAAGCUGUCUCUGAAAAAUAAAGUUUGUCACAGAAGGCUGUCUGGAAGCAAAAGCAUGUUAAGAAUGUUUAAUGUUUUAGAAAUAAAAUACAAGCCAAAUGGGUAAGAAAAUGGGUAGUAGCACUGUACUAAGCUUAAUGAGAAAAUGUUAAAGUAAAGCAGUAAAAGUUCAUAUGUUUGGGGUUUUGAGCUUCUACCUGUUAAUUAUUUAAUGAAUAUAAUUGCGAUUUCUAAUUCUGAAGAAAAUCUGGUGUUUUCAUUCCCAAGGGAGCACAUAUGGUGCUAUAGUAAGUUGUGAUUUAAAGCUACUUGCUGCUCGGUAACCAGUUAUCUGCCUCAGUCAUGUUUUGUCUUUGUCCCAAGAGUAGCCAAAGCUUGGCCUGUCAGGUUCUGGAAUGAGGCUGUGAUCUAGCCUAUUAUUUUGCACCUCUUGCUACAUGACGUUGCGAAGGACUACAUUUGUGAAUUUAAAACUUCUUGGGGUACAGCUAGUCUUUAUAUUCCUGAAAUUGUGCAUUUUUCUGUAUAACAUGACUGAGUAUUUUGUCCAUCAGCUCUAGUACACACAGAGGGAUAAUAUGAUUUGCAUAUUAUUUAUUCCAUCUAAUAACAUUUGACUUUUAAAGAGUUGUCUGUUCCACACUUAAAUUGCAAUCCCAGAAAGCCUCAAACACUUCACAUUUAAAAGUGAAAUAGAAAAUGGAAGUAUUCUAGGAUCCUACAAUAUGAUUCCAAAUUGAAUGGAAGAAAUACUCUUCAGAGUAUUUGAGCCCAAAAUGUUAUUUACAAAAGUACCAUCAUAGUGACAUGAUCAGAGGCAAUGCUUUUAAAUUAAGAGGCUCCAGUUGGCAUGUUGUGUUGGAUUCUGUAGGGCUCUCUUUUAAUGUCUGUCUGUUGAAGUUCAGCCAUUGUCUUUUUGGCUAAGUCUUCCAAAAGUUUGCGCUGUGUUUUUUGGAUGAUAACUUCUGUUUUAAUCUGUAUCACAUUGGGUGUGUAGUAUUCUUUCUCUAGAAUAUGAAAGGCUUUCUGUAAAACCACACUAUGGCAUCAGAGUUUUACCAGCAUCUGCUUAAAGCCUCAAGCCCUGUCUGAUAAGUUGAUAUAAUGCUGUGUUUCCUGAGUCCAAAGGCCUGCACUACAUUUAAUUUACAAAACACCCUAAUGGAAGAUAGUAGUACUAAAGAGAUCUGUUUUUCAAUAUUGUCUUUAAUGGACUAUGUUACCAUUGCCAGCAGUCAUCUGAACCAAUUAUUACUAAUAAAAAGCAACUGAGACAUUUUACUGAAAACUUCAGCCAGUUGGAUUAUGCCUUAAUUUAAGCCAUUGUAUAAGUGUAUAUAUUAAUUAAGAAAACAGUCUUGUGUUUAAGUAAUUAACUUGACAAAUAGCAAGAAAACAAAUUUGGAGACUGAUUCAAAGUUCUAUGUUUUUUUGCAUUGAUUGUCUUUUAGUCAUAAUGUUAUUUGGAAUAGUUUUUUAUAAACGUAAAAGCCACUAGCUUUCUGAUGAUGAAGUAUUAAGUUUUAUCAUCUACUUGAAAGUGUAUUUCAACAUUUGUUCUCAUAUGCUGUGUGUUAGGGAACAGUUUAUUUCUGAAAUUUUUUAUAACAAUUAAAAUGGAAGAAUUCAUAAUACUUAACUUGCAGACAUUUAACAGUUUUGUUCACAUUGCAUUCUAGAUACGUCUGCUUGGAGCAUGUCCUUCACCUUUUUGGGGGUUUUCAAUCUAUUUUUUAGCAUGGGGUGGUUUUUUGGUUUGGUUUGGUUUUCCCUCCAAACUACAAAGAUCAGUGUGGGGGGGGAAAAAAAAACCUAUAGCUACUCAAUGCAAUAUCUCCAGUUAAAGUAAGUAACUGCCAAUAAGUUACAUACUUUGACUAUCCUGGUACUGUACAAAUCGGGUGACCCUGGUGCACCGGUUUGGCUGCGACUGUUCAUACCCUGAUCCUGGGCAGUUCAAUCACUUCCAUCAAAAAACAAGGCUGUGCUUUUUUUGUCUUCCGAAAACCUCCCUGGCCAGCUUAAUAUAAAACUUAAUGUUUUAUAGGGAAAUGUGAAGAUAUGUUCAGUGUAGCUGACUGAUUUUAUUUGAUGAUUGCAGAUAUACAUCCCACACCAAGCUCAAGUUAAAAUGCUUAAAGUAAUGAAAGUAAUGCUAAAAGUAAUGUUGAUGUGCUUCUUGUUUACAUCUUUUACAUACGAAACCUUUAGCUAACUAUCUAAAAAUUCAAUACUAAGGCUUAUAUUUCUGAAAAUUUGCAUGUAUUCAGGGAAAGCACUUUAGUAAAAAACAAAUAAACCCAAAACAGCAACAACCAAUGCCACAAAAAAAAAAAAAAAAAAAAAAAAAAAAAAAAAACCCAAACAAACAGACAUAACAACCCAAAAAACUUGUUGGAUCACACUAGUGAGGAUCAAAUUCUUUCCUGGGUCUGAAAUCACUAAGUAUCAGUGUGUUUGACCCAGUGUUUGUUUUUGACUGUGUCCACCUGAAGGGUUGCACAAAUGCAGCUGAAGAUGGAAUGCAAUCUGAAAGACUUCACUAAGGGUGACAAGGAAGAAGUAUCCCAAACUCUCUUUUACUUUGGGGGAUUUUUUUUUUUCUUGUCAGAAAUUAAGAGCAUUUUAAAUGAAAUACAUAAAAAAUAAAUAGAAAAAAUUUACUCAAAAAUGUAUUCUGUUUUUUACCAGUGGCAGUAAAAGAGCACAUCCACAUAUGUAAGAAUUAUACUUGUGAAAACGUUAAGUGUUUUCUAUAAACUUGGACAGAUGCCAGAAGACAAAAAAUCUGCAGCACAGCAUGUUUUCCAAUAGGUUUAUUAACAAGUCUAAUAGAAAGCUUCAUUUAGAAAAACGUUGAUUUCAUUUUUUUCUUCCUUCUUUUAACCUUACCAAAUUUCUUAAACUUUUACAUAUGUCUUGAUCUCAGAUAAUCAGUCAAGCUUUUCCUUCAGAAGCUGCUCGUUUCUUCCAGUAGCCCUCAGUAUGUUUUUUGUUAAGAAUGUCUUGCAAGUCCUGAUAGCAUUUUUCAGACAUGCACAUUUCUGUGUUUCAGAAUUGGUUUUUGCAUUCAUGGCACAUUGCUCAGACUGAUAACAUGACUAUAAUGGUAGUGCCUGUAGACUUCUAAUUAUGCUGGGAAAUAGCACUGGCUGUGGAGCCAGAAAGAAGCUAUCUUGUAAACUGUACUGAAAUAAUACCAUUUUGAGCUUUAAGAAUGUGGCUGCAUUAAUUAAUGAAUUAGCAUACCAUUUUGGAGAUGCUGUGGAUUUUCUAGUAUCUGACAGGCAACAGAAUGCUUGGAGAACUUAAAGGUAGUUUUCUAUUUAACCACAAACUGUGCUCUCCUAUAGGUUCUUGCUUUCAAAGCUCUUUCAAAACACAGUAUUUGGGUCCAUGUAAAUGCUCAGUGUCUCCUGGAUAUGUCACCCUACAGUUUGUAGAACUUUUCCUGGCUAGACAAUUUUGGGGGGAAAAAAAAAAAAAAAAAAGCUUAUAUUGGGCUGUUACUGUUACCAGUCAGUUUAGGUUCUGUGCCAAUUGUGCUAGGUAGGAUGAAGUGGGGAAGGAUAAGAAAAAAAUGAAGGUGGCUCAAAAAGCAUGGGGAGACACUGAAAAUGGUAGUGGAAGAGUUUACUCCAGAAGGGUCCAAAACUACUACUCCAAAUAGACGACUUAAGGGCAUGUAUGAUAAAUAUCAAAAAAUCUGAAAUGCUAUUGCAAAUUGGUAAAACAGACAAAUGAUUUUUUUUUUUCCUUUUGAAGUAGGGAUGGCAUUAGAUUUAACAGACUUAAAUUACAGCAAGGUAAUUGUGGGGCUGGUGACAGAAGAAUCUAACCGCUUAAGUGGUUAGCCAUGGGAGACAUACGAAGCCUCUGUGGGGCAUGCAUGCUCUUGCUGAGCAUGCUAUUCCAAUGCAUGCUAUUGCUGAGCUCCUCUUGUUCUGAGAGUAUCAAGAAUUUAACCACAUAGACAAGAGCCACUUGCAUUAGGGGCCAGUGAACAAGCCCUGGCUCACUUUAGCCCAGGUGUAGUCUGAGGGUCAGGCUUUCACUAGUUUAAUGCCAUGAUAGCAUGAACGUUAUCACUUGGCAGUCAGUUUAUAGGAGUGCUGUAAUAGAGCUUUGCAAGUGUUGUGACUGUCAAUUCAGAUCUUGUAUUACAAAGACUGUUUUGGUUUUCUUUUGCUAAUUUAAAGAUGAUAUACCCUCUGGAAAGAAACUGCAUCAAAGCACAUGUUAAAUAGAUGCAGUGCUCUUCCUACUGCGAUAAGAAGAACUUUUUUUUAAAUGUAUGUUUAAUUUGUUGGAUUGCACUGAAUGUUCCUAGCAGCCUGGAACAUGUUUGGAACAGGACAGCCUUGUGUACUACCAGAAGCUUCCUUUGGCACUGGCACAAGAGAAUUGCCUCUUCACUGAUCUUCUGUAUCUUCUGCAUUUAUCAAUUAUGUGCUUUUCUGUGAGUGUUUCAUCUUUGCCUUUUCCGGUUUUGCAGGUAAAUAUUCAAAUUAGGUGGAGCAAAGAUGAGAUUUUGUCAUCUGUAGAUUAGUGUUAGAUCAUAAAUAAUGUGUUUAAAUUGGAUUUUCUAGAAUUGGCAUCUAGUAUAUUGUGUACAAUGUCAUCUAUAAUUUCAGGAACCAGUAGAGGACUUAACUUCAGGUGAUGCAGUGACUCAGUUUCAGUUCUGUUUCCUCAGCAGAUACUGGGAAUAUUGCAACUCUUGGUCCUGUUGAUCUGCUGGUAGCCAAGGGUGUUGCAAGUGCGUAUGACCCUGGGACAAUUUGGAGUCACCUUCCUUAGCUGAAGAUGGCAUUACAGUUUAUCAAGUUUCUCACAAUAUUUUCCUGCAUCUUAGCGUCCAAGUUUCACUCCAGAUGUCAGACUUCAUCCAGGUGUUUAUGUCUGAGAAAUCUUUGAGGUGAUCUGUAGGCUAGAAAUUUUUGGUUGAGAACUGCUUGCUGCUGACACACAUGCACUGUAUGUUUUGAACUUUCUUUGGGUGUAUAAUAUGAACGUUGGUUAGCUGAAAAUAUGCAGAGACAUGGUCUCAAAGUAAACAAAAUCAUCAUAGCUCCUAAAAAAAGAAAAAAAAAAAAGGUGACUUGAGCUGGUAGGGUGCCCUGCAGUAGCAGAUAGGGCACCCUAAUUCCCUAAUAGUCAAGUACUGCUGAAAGACAUCCAGUACUGAGAGUGUGAUGCUCUUUAUGAACGCACUACCCUGCUGUAGUUUAGUGGUGCUUCCAGGAGACCGGCCCUUCAGUGGUGGAUUGUACACAAGAGUUGUAGCUGAUAUUGUUCCCAUUACAGUAACCUUUUCCUUAAGCUAGACGUUUGUAAAGGAUAGAAAUAGCUCUUUUCAUCUUAAAGGUGUAGCUAUUAUCAGGAGAAUGCCAUGCACCUAACACUUCUCUAUUGUGGAUCCAAGCUUUAAAUGGCUGGGAUGAUAGGAAGCUGGUGAUGUCUGGGAAGAACAGAAUCCUUGACAUGCAUUUUCCACAGCAAGAAACCAGUAGGAGUUUUUUCUUUUUCUGCUUUGACUGAAGUUGUUCCAGUUCAUAUUGAACAAAAACUUAAAAACAGUAGUUCAGGUAUAGUCUGGAGAAAAAAAAAAAAAAAAAAAAAAAAAAAAAAAAAAGAAAACAACACACAACAACACAAGCCACACAGUAGCGCAGUUCAAUCUGGUUUGAGUCAGAAUCUCUUUUUUUCAUAGCUGACAGUGGAGACCUUAAAAAAAAAAAAAAAAAUUAGGAUGUCACAGAUGUUACCACAGACUCUAAUAUGGCAGCAAACCUGUGUGAGGAGAUUGCCAUUAAAUGGCAAUGAGAAAUAAGGCUAUGGUCUGCGUGUGCUGGUGUGAACAUCUAUUGCCUGUUUUUCUUCAACUCAUGCUUUGUAACUUGUCCUCUCCAACAACCUUCUGAUUCUCAAACUUUCAUGGAGGUUUCAUAGAGAUUUUCACAGGCUGUGGGAGAGCAAAAUUAGAUCUGUGUGUCACAGUGCACUCCUAGUGUUUUCUGAAAACUGUGCAACUAGAAGUCUGUUACCGUAGCCUAGCACGAUGCCUGGAUUGUGUGUUGCAUUUAUCAUGGAGUGGGUGUCACAUUUUAACACUCAAAAAUUGGUUUUGAUCCUAGAAGUUAUUGAGAGUAAGUAUGAGCUCUAGUACUUUCUGCCUGGCAACAUACAAAAGCAAAACCUAACUGUUCAAAGAAAAAUACUGAUUUAGAGCCCUGACCAUGGAUGGUCUGCUCAGUAUUUUUAACCAUGUUCCUUCAAUUUCUCCAUCCAGCCCAGUGCUGGAGGAACUGGAGUUCUAAUAACAUCCUAGCAAUGUGCAAGUCUCAUUUGAACAAUUCUAAUGUUACUUUUCUAAGACUGAAUUAGUACAUGGAUCAGAUGGUGAAAAUUUAGAGCAGUAUAAAGAGGAUUUAUGAGAUGACAGUAAGAUACGUAUUUGCUUAAUGCUAGUUUCUUGGAUGCUUUUAGUGAAGAAGCUUUAUUCUUGGGAGGUAACAUUACAAGUAGAACAGUUUUAAAUGUCUGAUGUGGAAGGACUUUAAUAAUGUUAAAAUAAUAGUGUAUAAGCUAGAGUUAUGAAGAGAGCAAAGUCUAAAGGUUGUUCAUUUCAGCACGUGUGAAUGCAUAUGUCUAACCCUGCAUAUGUAUGCAUGAGGAAUAAACUUAAAACUAGUUCCAUGUGGUGCUGAAGGAAGGAUUUUAUUGUGAUCCAAAACAUAGGAUUUAUUUUUGGUGUUUUAAGAUCUUCUGUGCCAUUUGGCCCCUUAAUUAAAAAACAAACAAAAUCACCAAAAUACAACCCCUCCAAAAAAAAAAAAAAAACAGUGAACCUGGCCAGUGUAGGAAGAUUGGCAUGAAAAUUCAGUUCAAGUGUUUUUCCUCCAAAGGGGCUACUGUUGCCAAAGGAACUGAAGCUGUGAAAAUUAAGCGCAAAUGGGAUGUAAAGAAUGAGGGAUUUAGUUCUCUGUAAGGACGUAGUCAGUCAUCAACAGCUGUGUCAGAGAUGCUGAUAAAAUUAAUAUCCUUCCUUGAUUCCCUGAUUUUUAUCUUGCAUCUUGCUUACCUUGUCAGUUAGUCACCCACAUACACUGUGCAUAUUAGUUUCAUAGCUUUAGUUCACUGCCUUGCUGAAUUGUAGAGCCCUUUGUGUGAAGAGGGUUACUUUCUCACAGACUGUAGAAGGUAUAGUAUUUGCUAGGUGAUGACUUGCAAAAUUGGUGCAUGGUAUCUACAGGGACAAAGAAAUCAAUAAUUUUGUGACUUUUAUCUAUGAUAUAAGUAUCAUAUCUAUGGUACAAGUAAGAUUAUUUUUUGUUGUUUGCAAGUAAUAACAAAGAAUUGAACAUGUCACCUUACUAAUAUCUUUCUGUGCUGCCAAGAGGAUAGAACCAUUGCAAAGAGCAAGAGAAAAAUCAAUGUUGUUUCCAAGUAGUAAAGGAUGGUUUUGGUAAACAUUUCUGGUUUUCCAGAACUGCAGGUCUUGCUGUAAUGUGUGCAUCAGAUUUUCAAUUCAGCCUGGGUGGGUUCUUUCUACCCUAUGUCUAUCUAGCUCUUGAUGGUUUUGUUAUCAGCUCUCCCUCUGACUGAAAUACAGACUUGUAUCCAGUUGAACAACAGAAUAUAUAUUUUUAUAUAUGUAAAUACAUUGUAAUACAUAGCGUUUCCAGUGACCAAAUGUAGAUUUGCUUCCUCCUGUGAUAUAAGAUGGGAAAAACCUUAUUUCAAAAUUAACAGUGGGGGGAACAGAAUCUUAGGACAAGAGAUGAGAAAUAUCCUGAGGGUUUCUACAGAGUGAAUUUUCCAUGGAGUAAUUAAGCCUAUUUCAGGCAUACAUAGAUAUGGUGAAAGAAAACAAACUUGAAAAUGACUGGUCAACUGAAAUUGCAGUGGUUUGGUUUUUUCUUCUGUCUUGCUUUUAAAACACACUGGAAUUUACUUUCCUUUAUCAUGUUUUAGUUUAAAACUGUAAAAAUUUUCUAAAACUGUAAAAUAAAGAUACUUAAUUUUUGAGCUGAA